GGAUAACUUUUGACAUUAGCGCCUCCAACGCUUUUGGGAUAUCAACAAACCGAAAUUGCUCCAGGAUGGCGCAGAACACCGAUCUCAAAAUAAUGGUGAAUUUUUGCCGAUUUUGUCUCAGUGAGGACGAAAACUACUUAAUUCCGGUGCAAGAUGUAUUAGAUUUUGAGCUUACCAUCGAAGAUUUAUUCCGUUUCACCGGCAUACAGCUCAACGAUGAACACAAAGCAUCCUGUGUGGUGUGUCUAGAAUGUACAAACAAGCUGAAAAUAUCGUCCACCUUCCGGAACGCCUGCCUGAAAAACGAUGCGCUCUUCCAUGCCCUGUGCCGUGUUGUGUUCGACUCCCACGUUCAACAGACGUACGAUGAAACGGUCGAAUAUUUGGAAAGCGAUUUUGAAGGGGAAGCAAACUCCGACACCUACGCCGAAGACGAACCAAUCGCAACGGACAUUUGUCCUAGUGAAGAUGGCUCGAGUCCACUGCCAAGUGCCGUAAAAGAACUCCAGCACCGUACGCAGCCCAGUAGCGUGGUUUCGAUUGCGAGCACCAUCGAGGAAGCGAACAGUGAGGACGAGCUGUUUGGAUAUUCGGCCAACUACAUCAAGCCAGGCGAAAUACUGUAUGCAGAGGAUGUGGUGCACCGGUCGUACGUCGAUUGGAACACCAGCCUCAACCCGAAGCACGCUCCCACCGCUCCCCAUCCGAGAGAGCGCGGAAAGCGAAGACUGUACAUGUGUGAAAAGUGCGCCCUCAUUGUGAAGCACCUGCCAACGCACAUGCAAGUACACGAGGAGACGGCCACAUUCGCCUGCCCGUACUGUCCGGCCAAAAUGAAGCAGAAAAACAACAUCUCCCAGCACAUACUACAGGUGCACUACAAGGCCAUCUGCAGGACGUGCAAAAUAUGCGGCAAAGGCUUCGUUCACCACAAAACGUACCGAUAUCAUAUGCUUACCCACGAGGGUGAAGGGAAACGGUUCGCCUGCCAGGAUUGCUCGAAAACGUUCCCGAACGCCAUCUACUUACGCGACCAUUUUAAUCGAAUCCACAAUGCGGCUAGAACGGGGAAGACGAAUGGUGAAUCGGGACCCAAAAUGCCAAGGAAAAAAAGAAGAUUAAAUGCUGUCCUAGUAAGCAAGUACGAAACAUCAUCUGAUUCAGAGUGAAUCUGCCCUUCAGACUAAGUGAUGUUAGCAUGAUAAUUUGAAACGGUUUUCGCUAACGAGCGAUGCUAGAUUAAAGAGUAUGUAGGGCUCUUAUGUUCAUUUGAAUUGAUUUAAAUUAUAUGACGGUUGUAUGCUCAUAAUAGCUCAGUGAAUUAAAACCAAAUUAAAAUAAAUCUUCUCACUUGCUUUAAUGUUA